AUGCCCGAACAAUUUGUGGUGGCUAUAGUCGGGGCUGGCAUUGCAGGCUUGACCCUCGCAAACUUCCUAGAGAAGCUAAACAUCGAAUUUCUUCUCCUGGAAGCGAAGGGUGAGAUUGCACCUCCAAUCGGUGCAUGCUUCGGCUGGCAACCCCAUGGUCUCCGAAUCUUCGACCAGCUGGGUUGCUGCGAAGAGAUGCUCGCCGUCUCAGAGGUCAGCACGACACAUGGGUAUCCCAUUACAAUAACACCACGUCACUCGGCUAUUCGGGUCCUGUAUGAACACCUGCAGCACAGAGACAGGGUUAUACUUGGACAACGAAUUGUCAACGCUGAGCAGUCCGGUGACAAAGUCUUUCUUCACGCUGAAAGCGGGCGUAUCUUUGAAGCGGACAUUGCUGUUGGCGCAGAUGGUGUCCACAGCAUGGUUAGGCGAGCGAUGGCGAAGAUGGCAAUGGAGUCUAAAAUUGAAGCAAGAAUCGAACUGAAGACACAAUGCGAGUAUGAGUGCAUUUUUGGCGUAUCACGACCGACGGGUGAUCUCAAGUCAUCGCAAUCUCAUAUAACACGUCGCGAAGCAGGACCAAUAAUCACGGUCAUAGUCGGGCCAAAUGAUACGCCAUCCUGGUUUCUCUGGUUUAAGCUCCCGGAGGACACCCAUGGUGUGAAUAUCCCAAGAUUCACAGCUGAAGACGAACUUGCGCUGGCCGAGCAGGAGUCCGAGAUGUAUGUUUCUGCAAAUGUCAAGUUCAAGGAUUUAUACAAGAACGUCAUCUUCAGUCGAACAACGGCAUUACCGAUUCAUGCAUCCCCGACGUGGCACUUUGGUCGGUUUGUACUUAUCGGUGAUUCUGUCCACAAGUUUGACCCAGUGACAGGCCAUGGCGCAAAUUCGGCAGUUGAGUCGGCGGCAGCACUUGCUGAUAAUCUCAGCGCCAUGAUGACCAGUAGGAAUCAUCUUUCGGCCGAAGACAUUGAGUCAGUGUUUUCUCAAACGGCUUUGUUACGGACUGAAAGAGUUGCGUGGCUUGUGGAGGAAAGCGCCCGAUUCCAGCGAUAUCUAUCAUACACAAACUUCGCAGCUCAAGUUUUGUUCUUCCGACUUGUACCAUUGUUAGAGACACGCGUGGUUACCGACUUCUUCAGCAAGCGAAUGUUCUCGGGUUAUAGGUCCAAAGCACUACCGAAUCCAAAUCUCAAUAAGAAGGUCGCGCAUUCCGUACCGUACGUUGACGAGCUUCUUGCCGAGCCGAAAUCAGAUUCGUGUCUCACCAGGAUCGCAAUUGUUGCAUAUAUGGCACUGUUAUAUUUCGCCCUGAGUCGCCAGGACGUGCCAAUAGAUGGAAAGUGGCCAAGUCCAUUGGCCAGAGCGAUGCAACCGUCUACGUUUAUUCUUCCAGAUGCAGCAUCCAACUCCCUGUUGUUCGUGUCUUGCUGGCUGACAACUGAAGUCGCUAUUCAGAUGACCUUGGUAACAGAGUCGCGUCGACCGAGAAACCGGCUGGCUCUCUUCAGCGUUGCGUACCUUCACGGCCUUAUUAGCGGUUUCUGCAGCAUAACAGCGACUUGCUGUUUAACUUUUUUGCUAGAUAACAUCGGAACCGACGGCCGGAACCGACGGCCCAAGUUGCUGGUGGCCGUCUGCGACGAUAUCGCCUCUUGCCAACUCUAG